AAUGUAAUUUGAAGCAAUAUUACAAUUUUUGUAGAUGAAUUCAAUUGCGGAUAAUUAACCCAAAAUAAAUAAACAUUACAAUUUUUUCAAGAAUAGUCUGAUAAGAAACUAUGAUAAUCCAAGUACAAAGUCUUAUAUAUUAAUUAUUUUCAUGAUAAUGCAAGUAAUAAUGCUUCAAAGUACACCUACGCUUAUCCUAAUAAUAACUUAGCGGCGGGUGUAGAUAGGUGAGACUCCCCUGAAAACUGCGAGGGUUGAGGGAGAUGGUGAAUAUACGCACAAAAGCUUGAUAUUCAAUUUACUGCAACCGUGAUCCGGCACUGUGCAAAGUCUUGCAUUCGUUGUGCAUGUGUCGUUAGUGUAUCCCAAAUUGUAAAUUGUAAUAAAUUCGAUAUUGAAACCAAUAUGGAUGCCUGGAAAGUAGAAUUACAAGCUUUUGCUGUAGAUUUUUUAAAUUGGGCCAUAGUACUCACAUGUUUAUUUUUAAAAGUUCCACAAAUCUUUCACUUAACCAACAAGAGACCAAGUGAAAUUAAAGGCAUAAGUCUUCAAGCUAUUGCAAUGGAAAUUAUUGGAUACUCUAUAAUGGCAAUGUAUAAUUUUAAAAAUAAGUACACAUUAGCUACUUAUCUGGAAUAUUUAGCACUACUGAUUCAGGAGUAUAUAAUGUUGUUUUAUGUAUUAAGAGCUAAAGGACACCUGGCUAACAAGUACACAUCAAUGAAUGCUGUCUUAUAUAUUGUAUCCGUAUCUGCAUUCUUGCUUGAAAUAAUACCUAAGGAGACCCUUAAUUAUCUUGUUCCAAUAUGUUUGCCUUUGAGUGGUGUUGCUAAGGUAACGUACAUUCGAGGAAUGAUCAAUGCAUCUAAUUCAGAUGCUAUAUCAAUGGAAACUUGGGCCAUGUCUGCUUUAACUAAUGCUGGUCGCUUUUUCACUGUUUUCAUGGAUUCCGCCGACAAACACCUGUUACUUAAUUAUUCGGUGUCGGUGAUAUUGAGUACUGCAGUUUUGGGAACAGCGGCCUAUUAUCAACUGCAGGCACAAACACCUAUGAUUUCAACCCGCCGCCGUGAGCCCUCUGUACGUCGUCACUACCACGUCGAUUAAGGCAAAAAUACAAGCGAUCGGAAUUGAAUUGUAAUGAUAUUAAGUCAACGGUCUAUAAUAAUGCAAUCGUCGUUUAUGUAUAGUAAAUAAAAUGAUCUGUUUUCUUUUUUUACUGAUAUAGCGAAACGGACAAUGUGUUGUUAAGAAUAAUUAUUUUUUGUACUAGUUUCUGUUGGUAGUUGAAGUAAGCUCUAUAAUUUUUGGAUAGCCUGCUUUUGUUUGGGUGUUUAUUUGUAACUAUUAUUAUAGUUUAUUAAUUAUUGCUCAUGUUACAUAAAAGACAUUUAAAGUACAACUGUAUAUCGAGUUAAUUACUAAAUUUAUCGUAUUUUUUAGAUCCAAGACUAGUCAAAACUCGAAUUUAAUGUUGGUUGGUUUUCAUGAUUAUUAAGUUCUGCGUAUUAAUAUAAUAUGCAGUAUUUAUAUAAAUUGUAUUAUCUUUCUAGGGUUUAUAACUAUAUAACUAGUCAAAUAGGUAGUUUAAUAUAAAAAAAAUAUACGUUUCAUGCAUUUAUUUACUAUUCAAUGGAAUUGAUUAUGAUUUUUUAAAUGUAGUUUAUGUGUAUUGUCUUUUGCCAUUUUCCUUAAGUGUGGCCUUAUAGGCGCUAUUAAUUAUUAAUAUAAGAAAUUCUAUAACUGUAGAACGAAAAUUAAAAAUAUUCAUCUAUGUAAA